CACCCCUGCUUAGCUGUUUCCUCCUCGCUCUGUUGGAAAUGAAAUCCAUGUUACCAUGCCCUUUGGGAAGGUUCCGGUUCAUCGAACGAUUUCGUAGUUUCCUGGUAACCAUUCAGUCAUCUGUUUCAACACCCUGACAUGACAUAAGGCGGGCGCGAACCUCUCGCUCCCACACAGGCACACACCUCCUGCCCUGAGCACUGCGGGCCGCGCUCCUUCCCACUCCGGGUCCUCAUGAGCCGGCGCCGCCCGCAGGACCACUUUCUGCUCAUCGACAACAAGAGCUGCUGCGUGUUCCGGGACGACUUCAUCGCCAACGUGCUGCCGCCCGUGCUGGGGCUGGAGUUCGUCUUCGGGCUCCUGGGCAAUGGCCUGGCCUUGUGGGUCUUCUGCUUCCACCUCAAGGCCUGGAAGUCCAGCCGGGUCUUCCUGUUCAACCUGGCGGUGGCUGACUUUCUCCUGAUCAUCUGUCUGCCCUUCCUGACCGACAACUACGUGAGGAAGUGGGACUGGAGGUUCGGGGACGUCCCGUGCCGGCUGAUGCUCUUCAUGCUGGCCAUGAACCGCCAGGGCAGCAUCAUCUUCCUCACCGUGGUGGCCGUGGACAGGUACUUCCGCGUGGUGCACCCCCACCACGCGCUCAACAAGAUCUCCAACCGGACGGCGGCCGUCGUCUCCUGCUUCCUGUGGGGCAUCACCAUCGGCCUGACGGGGCACCUCCUGUACCGGAAGAUGCUGACCCGCAAUGGGGCCGCCAACCUGUGCAGCAGCUUCAGCAUCUGCCACACCUUCCGCUGGCACGACGCCAUGUUCCUCCUGGAGUUCUUCCUGCCCCUGGGCAUCAUCCUGUUCUGCUCCGCCAGGAUCGUCUGGAGCCUGCGGCGGCGCCAAAUGGACAGGCACGCCAAAAUCAAGCGGGCCAUCAACUUCAUCCUGGUGGUGGCCGUCGUCUUCAUCAUCUGCUUCCUGCCCAGCGUGGCGGUCAGGAUCCGCAUCUUCUGGCUCCUGCACACGGCGGGGACCAAGGACUGCGAGGUGUACCGCUCGGUCGACCUGGCCUUCUUCAUCACCCUCAGCUUCACCUACAUGAACAGCAUGCUGGACCCGCUGGUCUACUACUUCUCCAGCCCGUCCUUCCCCAACUUCUUCUCGGCCCUGUGCCGCCGCUGCCUCCGGAGGAAGGCGCCGGAGCCGGAUCACAACCGCAGCACGAGCGUGGAGCUCACGGGGGACCUGAACACUGCCAGGAGCGUCCCUGACGCUUUAAUGGCAGGGCCCGGGGAGCCAUGGAGCCCCUCUUAUCUAACUCCCACCUCUCGCUAAAUACGCGUGCCUGGAAGCGAGAUUGUCACCGAGAACCCAGAGCUCUGGGGGAAGCGCCUGGCUGUGUCACAGACAACAUCCCCAGGCUUGGCCUGCAGUCUCCUGCAAUGCAACCCGCAGUCAGAGAAUCCGAUUUAGAGCACGGUGGGACAGCAGCUAAGGUUGCAAGGCUGACCACAGAAACCUUGGGAAGCAGAGUUUGCUUCUGAGCGCCUGAAACUGUGUCAUCGCUGACACUCGUGGGGCAGAGGUGGGCGAGGAGUCAUCUCUGUCGCGCAGAGUCGGAGACACAGAGAUGCCCGUGGGUACCUUGCUGGUCUCCUCCCACCUGCCUGGGACUGGCCGGUUCUCAGCUCCGGGGUGAUCUCGAGCCUGUUUGCCGGCUCCUCAGAGAGCAGAAGAGCAGGAGGUUGGAGAGGAGUCCUGGGCUCCGGGAGGGAGCCCAGGCGUCAUUAAACAAGCCAGCAGGUCACCUGGGCUCUGCAGCAUUUAGCAGGAAGGACUCAACCAGGAGCUCAGGAGCGCUGGCCAAUAGGCGUUUCCAGUGGGGUGGUAAGCAGGGGAUUAGCCCCGGGAGGGACUGAGCUACCCAGUGUUAUUAGGGGAAAGGAAAUGGCAUUUGGCUAUAACCAGCGACUAAUCCAUUCUUCUCUUGUUUACAUUAAUUUGAGCAGUUUGAAAGGCUUGGGAACGAAGCGGCUUCCCACCUGUUUGCCUUUACCAUUAAAAGGGAAAGCCCAGUGAUAAAGGGAAGGAGCCUUCGGCUUCAUGUGCUUGUUUCUGAACCAACAGUAAAUCUACCCUGUCCAUCUGUUUCGAUAGGAGACCGUCUGGAGUUGCGUAUGUCUGGGUUAGGGUUCACAGAAACGGUCCUCUUACUUAAGCAGAGACCUUUAUGGGUUGUUAACUAUGUCCUGGUAGAAAAAUACCACUUACUGCAAAGUAAGAAAAAGACGUGGGGGCCAGUCGGCCUGGUGGUUAAGGUGCUUGGAUCUCACACGACUGAUGCGUGGUUUGAGUCCCAGACCUGGUGGCUUGAAAAUCACAGGCAUGUGUGGGUGUGUGUCCAAAAUCUUGAGAGGAGAAUGGAGGAGGAGGGAUUGCAGCUUGGCUCUCCUUCCUGGGGAACGCUUUCUCAGUUUGUCUCUCUAGUGAGCACACAAAUCCUAGAGCAAAA